AUGUGUCAAUGGAACAAUCUCCCUCACUCUGGAGUCUCCCUCACUCUGGUGUCUCCCUCACUCUGGUGUCUCCCUCACUCUGGUGUCUCCCUCACUCUGGUGUCUCCCUCACUCUGGUGUCUCCCUCACUCUGGUGUCUCCCUCACUCUGGUGUCUCCCUCACUCUGGUGUCUCCCUCACUCUGGUGUCUCCCUCACUCUGGUGUCUCCCUCACUCUGGUGUCUCCCUCACUCUGGUGUCUCCCUCACUCUGGUGUCUCCCUCACUCUGGUGUCUCCCUCACUCUGGUGUCUCCCUCACUCUGGUGUCUCCCUCACUCUGGUGUCUCCCUCACUCUGGUGUCUCCCUCACUCUGGUGUCUCCCUCACUCUGGUGUCUCCCUCACUCUGGUGUCUCCCUCACUCUGGUGUCUCCCUCACUCUGGUGUCUCCCUCACUCUGGUGUCUCCCUCACUCUGGUGUCUCCCUCACUCUGGUGUCUCCCUCACUCUGGUGUCUCCCUCACUCUGGUGUCUCCCUCACUCUGGUGUCUCCCUCACUCUGGUGUCUCCCUCACUCUGGUGUCUCCCUCACGCUGGUGUCUCCCUCACUCUGGUGUCUCCCUCACUCUGGAGUCUCCCUCACUCUGGAGUCUCCCUCACUCUGGAGUCUCCCUCACUCUGGUGUCUCCCUCACGCUGGUGUCUCCCUCACGCUGGUGUCUCCCUCACUCUGGAGUCUCCCUCACUCUGGAGUCUCCCUCACUCUGGUGUCUCCCUCACUCUGGUGUCUCCCUCACUCUGGUGUCUCCCUCACUCUGGUGUCUCCCUCACUCUGGUGUCUCCCUCACUCUGGUGUCUCCCUCACUCUGUGGUGUCUGCUCCUCACUCUGGUGUCUCCCUCACUCUGGUGUCUCCCUCACUCUGGUGUCUCCCUCACUCUGGUGUCUCCCUCACUCUGGUGUCUCCCUCACUCUGGUGUCUCCCUCACUCUGGUGUCUCCCUCACUCUGGUGUCUCCCUCACUCUGGUGUCUCCCUCACUCUGGUGUCUCCCUCACUCUGGUGUCUCCCUCACUCUGGAGUCUCCCUCACUCUGGUGUCUCCCUCACGCUGGUGUCUCCCUCACUCUGGUGUCUCCCUCACUCUGGUGUCUCCCUCACUCUGGUGUCUCCCUCACUCUGGUGUCUCCCUCACUCUGGUGUCUCCCUCACUCUGGUGUCUCCCUCACUCUGGUGUCUCCCUCACGCUGGUGUCUCCCUCACUCUGGUGUCUCCCUCACUCUGGUGUCUCCCUCACUCUGGUGUCUCCCUCACUCUGGUGUCUCCCUCACUCUGGUGUCUCCCUCACGCUGGUGUCUCCCUCACGCUGGUGUCUCCCUCACGCUGGUGUCUCCCUCACGCUGGAGUCUCCCUCACUCUCGAGUCUCCCUCACUCUCGAGUCUCCCUCACUCUCGAGUCUCCCUCACUCUCGAGUCUCCCUCACACUCUGGUGUCUCCCUCACACUCUGGUGUCUCCCUCACACUCUGGAGUCUCCCUCACUCUGGUGUCUCCCUCACUCUGGUGUCUCCCUCACUCUGGUGUCUCCCUCACUCUGGUGUCUCCCUCACUCUGGUGUCUCCCUCACUCUGGUGUCUCCCUCACUCUGGUGUCUCCCUCACGCUGGUGUCUCCCUCACGCUGGUGUCUCCCUCACGCUGGUGUCUCCCUCACGCUGGAGUCUCCCUCACUCUCGAGUCUCCCUCACUCUCGAGUCUCCCUCACUCUCGAGUCUCCCUCACUCUCGAGUCUCCCUCACACUCUGGUGUCUCCCUCACACUCUGGUGUCUCCCUCACACUCUGGAGUCUCCCUCACUCUGGUGUCUCCCUCACUCUGGUGUCUCCCUCACUCUGGUGUCUCCCUCACUCUGGUGUCUCCCUCACUCUGGUGUCUCCCUCACUCUGGUGUCUCCCUCACUCUGGUGUCUCCCUCACUCUGGUGUCUCCCUCACUCUGGUGUCUCCCUCACUCUGGUGUCUCCCUCACUCUGGUGUCUCCCUCACUCUGGUGUCUCCCUCACUCUGGUGUCUCCCUCACUCUGGUGUCUCCCUCACUCUGGUGUCUCCCUCACUCUGGUGUCUCCCUCACUCUGGAGUCUCCCUCACUCUGGUGUCUCCCUCACGCUGGAGUCUCCCUCACUCUGGUGUCUCCCUCACUCUGGUGUCUCCCUCACUCUGGUGUCUCCCUCACUCUGGUGUCUCCCUCACUCUGGUGUCUCCCUCACUCUGGUGUCUCCCUCACUCUGGUGUCUCCCUCACUCUGGUGUCUCCUUCACGCUGGUGUCUCCCUCACGCUGGUGUCUCCCUCACGCUGGUGUCUCCCUCACGCUGGAGUCUCCCUCACUCUCGAGUCUCCCUCACUCUCGAGUCUCCCUCACUCUCGAGUCUCCCUCACUCUCGAGUCUCCCUCACACUCUGGUGUCUCCCUCACACUCUGGUGUCUCCCUCACACUCUGGAGUCUCCCUCACUCUGGUGUCUCCCUCACUCUGGUGUCUCCCUCACUCUGGUGUCUCCCUCACUCUGGUGUCUCCCUCACUCUGGUGUCUCCCUCACUCUGGUGUCUCCCUCACUCUGGUGUCUCCCUCACGCUGGUGUCUCCCUCACGCUGGUGUCUCCCUCACGCUGGUGUCUCCCUCACGCUGGAGUCUCCCUCACUCUCGAGUCUCCCUCACUCUCGAGUCUCCCUCACUCUCGAGUCUCCCUCACUCUCGAGUCUCCCUCACACUCUGGUGUCUCCCUCACACUCUGGUGUCUCCCUCACACUCUGGAGUCUCCCUCACUCUGGUGUCUCCCUCACUCUGGUGUCUCCCUCACUCUGGUGUCUCCCUCACUCUGGUGUCUCCCUCACUCUGGUGUCUCCCUCACUCUGGUGUCUCCCUCACUCUGGUGUCUCCCUCACUCUGGUGUCUCCCUCACUCUGGUGUCUCCCUCACUCUGGUGUCUCCCUCACUCUGGUGUCUCCCUCACUCUGGUGUCUCCCUCACUCUGGUGUCUCCCUCACUCUGGUGUCUCCCUCACUCUGGUGUCUCCCUCACUCUGGUGUCUCCCUCACUCUGGUGUCUCCCUCACUCUGGAGUCUCCCUCACUCUGGUGUCUCCCUCACGCUGGAGUCUCCCUCACUCUGGUGUCUCCCUCACUCUGGUGUCUCCCUCACUCUGUCUCCCUCACUCUGGAGUCUCCCUCACUCUGGAGUCUCCCUCACUCUGGAGUCUCCCUCACUCUGGUGUCUCCCUCACUCUGGAGUCUCACUCAUUCUGGAGUCUCCCUCACUCUGGAGUCUCCCUCACUCUGGUGUCUCCCUCACUCUGGAGUCUCCCUCACUCUGGAGUCUCCCUCACUCUGGAGUCUCCCUCACUCUGGAGUCUCCCUCACUCUGGAGUCUCCCUCACUCUGGAGUCUCCCUCACUCUGGAGUCUCCCUCACUCUGGAGUCUCCCUCAUUCUGGAGUCUCCCUCACUCUGGAGUCUCCCUCACUCUGGAGUCUCCCUCACUCUGGAGUCUCCCUCAUUCUGGAGUCUCCCUCACUCUGGAGUCUCCCUCACUCUGGAGUCUCCCUCACUCUGGUGUCUCCCUCACUCUGGUGUCUCCCUCACUCUGGAGUCUCCCUCACUCUGGAGUCUCCCUCACUCUGGAGUCUCCCUCACUCUGGAGUCUCCCUCACUCUGGAGUCUCCCUCACUCUGGUGUCUCCCUCACUCUGGAGUCUCCCUCACUCUGGAGUCUCCCUCACUCUGGAGUCUCCCUCACUCUGGAGUCUCCCUCACUCUGGAGUCUCCCUCACUCUGGUGUCUCCCUCACUCUGGAGUCUCCCUCACUCUGGAGUCUCCCUCACUCUGGAGUCUCCCUCACUCUGGAGUCUCCCUCACUCUGGAGUCUCCCUCACUCUGGAGUCUCCCUCACUCUGGAGUCUCCCUCACUCUGGAGUCUCCCUCACUCUGGAGUCUCCCUCACUCUGGAGUCUCCCUCAUUCUGGAGUCUCCCUCACUCUGGAGUCUCCCUCACUCUGGUGUCUCCCUCACUCUGGUGUCUCCCUCACUCUGGUGUCUCCCUCACUCUGGUGUCUCCCUCACUCUGGUGUCUCCCUCACUCUGGUGUCUCCCUCACUCUGGUGUCUCCCUCACUCUGGUGUCUCCCUCACUCUGGUGUCUCCCUCACUCUGGUGUCUCCCUCACUCUGGUGUCUCCCUCACUCUGGUGUCUCCCUCACUCUGGUGUCUCCCUCACUCUGGUGUCUCCCUCACUCUGGAGUCUCCCUCACUCUGGAGUCUCCCUCACUCUGGAGUCUCCCUCACUCUGGAGUCUCCCUCACGCUGGUGUCUCCCUCACUCUGGAGUCUCCCUCACUCUGGUGUCUCCCUCACUCUGGUGUCUCCCUCACUCUGGUGUCUCCCUCACUCUGGUGUCUCCCUCACUCUGGUGUCUCCCUCACUCUGGAGUCUCCCUCACUCUGGUGUCUCCCUCACUCUGGUGUCUCCCUCACUCUGGUGUCUCCCUCACUCUGGUGUCUCCCUCACUCUGGAGUCUCCCUCACUCUGGAGUCUCCCUCACUCUGGUGUCUCCCUCACUCUGGUGUCUCCCUCACUCUGGUGUCUCCCUCACUCUGGUGUCUCCCUCACUCUGGUGUCUCCCUCACUCUGGUGUCUCCCUCACUCUGUGUGUCUCCCUCACUCUGGUGUCUCCCUCACUCUGGUGUCUCCCUCACUCUGGUGUCUCCCUCACUCUGGUGUCUCCCUCACUCUGGUGUCUCCCUCACUCUGGUGUCUCCCUCACUCUGGUGUCUCCCUCACUCUGGUGUCUCCCUCACUCUGGUGUCUCCCUCACUCUGGUGUCUCCCUCACUCUGGUGUCUCCCUCACUCUGGUGUCUCCCUCACUCUGGUGUCUCCCUCACUCUGGUGUCUCCCUCACUCUGGUGUCUCCCUCACUCUGGUGUCUCCCUCACUCUGGUGUCUCCCUCACUCUGGUGUCUCCCUCACUCUGGUGUCUCCCUCACGCUGGUGUCUCCCUCACUCUGGAGUCUCCCUCACUCUGGUGUCUCCCUCACUCUGGUGUCUCCCUCACUCUGGUGUCUCCCUCACUCUGGUGUCUCCCUCACUCUGGAGUCUCCCUCACUCUGGUGUCUCCCUCACUCUGGUGUCUCCCUCACUCUGGUGUCUCCCUCACUCUGGUGUCUCCCUCACUCUGGUGUCUCCCUCACGCUGGUGUCUCCCUCACUCUGGAGUCUCCCUCACUCUGGAGUCUCCCUCACUCUGGUGUCUCCCUCACUCUGGAGUCUCCCUCACUCUGGAGUCUCCCUCACUCUGGAGUCUCCCUCACUCUGGUGUCUCCCUCACUCUGGUGUCUCCCUCACUCUGGUGUCUCCCUCACUCUGGUGUCUCCCUCACUCUGGUGUCUCCCUCACUCUGGUGUCUCCCUCACUCUGGUGUCUCCCUCACUCUGGUGUCUCCCUCACUCUGGUGUCUCCCUCACUCUGGUGUCUCCCUCACUCUGGUGUCUCCCUCACUCUGGUGUCUCCCUCACGCUGGUGUCUCCCUCACUCUGGAGUCUCCCUCACUCUGGUGUCUCCCUCACUCUGGUGUCUCCCUCACUCUGGUGUCUCCCUCACUCUGGUGUCUCCCUCACUCUGGAGUCUCCCUCACUCUGGUCUUCCCUCUUUCUGA